AAGAAGCUUCCCCUAUUGCUACACCUCCUCCCAACCUUCGCGAUCACUCUCCUUCUCCAUCCUAUUACAACGGGAAUAAUUUUUUAAAUGAUUACGAUGAAGAAUCAGCCGAGGUUGCAGAGGUCUCUCCAAAGAUGAUGAAUGAUCACGAGUCCGAUGUAGAGAUAACACGUAAAGAAGAUGAUAAUCCUUUUGACGCAAGGAAAGAUGAUGGUUCAACGAAAUAUAAAGUCGUCUUAUCAUGGAGGCAUGCAAUCAAUAAUAUGUUCAUAAAUAAUGUCUCUGAGAAUGACUGGGUAACACAGGAUGGACACAACAUUUCUAUCGACUUUCAAGCCAAUCCAAUUUUAUCAUACGUGAAAGAAAUUGAUUUGAUAUUAUGCCUAUCAUCGAUUAUGUAUUGCGAUGAACGUAAACCAAAAUAUGUUGAAUGUUCCGAAAAGGCAUGGAAUGAAGCUCGUCCAAGAUCAUUAAUUCCGAAGGGGUUGCCGACAGUUGCUGACUUAGCAAUAAUCGAAUACAGCAGGAUAGUUUCGAGAAAUUUUUUUACCUAUUUGUCUUCGGUGAGUUAUGAUGAGGAUAAAAAAUUGGAUGAAGAUACGUUCAUCCAUCGAUACUGUCAUCAAAUACUGGAAGAAAUAUUCAAUAAAAUCGAACUCUCAUUAGUUUGGGCUAAUGGAGAAUCCAAAAGUCCCAAAGAGAGACGUUUAUUGGAUGGUCAUAACCAUGGUAGAAAGUCAGACUUCCGGAUCCUUUCAAAGAUUGAUGACACUGAGAGAGAGUUCGUAUUCGGUGAGAUAAAGCCGCCGCAUUGCCCUAAUACCAUAAAUAAGUGUACCAUUAAAUUGGCAGAAUUAAUGAAAGGGUCCUUAGAUUUUAUUAUUAAUAUUUACGGUUAUGUGGCUGGCCUGGAAACAGAAUUAAAACCAAUAGGAAGCGAAAUUAAAAUUUUUAGUAUCGACUUGGUAUAUGACGGUCUAUAUCGUUGUAAUCUAUUGUCGAAAGUAUUGCUCCCGACGGAAAGUGCGAAUUUUGUAAACAUUGUCACUGUAGUAUCUACCCUGAAAGGAUAA